AUGUACCCCAGCACGCCGUCAUGCGCUGCACGCCAACCCAAUGAGGGGGGCGCUCCCAUUCUGGAGGCUUUCCUGAUUGCGGGCGACACUACAUCCGCCGUGACCUUUGACAUUUCCAAGGAGGGCAGUGAGCUCUCAGUGGUGGAGCAGGCCAACGUGUGGCUCUUCCUCAAGCUGGCCAAGGGGCAAGGGCGAGGCAAGGGCAAGGUGAACAUCCAGCUUUUGCAGCGUCGCCGACAGAAGACCAAAGCUCCAGGCUUCACCGAGACCCAGGGCGAGGAGGAGGAGGAAGAGUUGGUAUCUGAGAAGAUGGUUGACACGCGGCGCAGCGGCUGGCACACGCUCCCCGUGUCGCACAGCAUCCAGUCCCUCCUGGAAACCGGUGGCAGCGUCAUCGAUCUGCGAGUCUCCUGCCCGCAGUGCACCGAGGCGGGCGCCACACCCAUCUUGGUCCCCACCGAGGGCGAGCAACCGGGACGAGAGAGGGAACAAUCCCACCGGCCAUUCCUCAUGGUCGUACUGCGGCCCGGCACGGAGGAACACGCUCGCCGACGCGCCAAACGCGGCCUGGAGUGCGAUGGAAAGAUGCAUAUCUGCUGCAAGCGGCAGUUCUAUGUCAACUUCAAGGACAUCGGCUGGAACGACUGGAUCAUCGCGCCGCCGGGCUACCACGCCAACUACUGUGAGGGCGACUGCCCCAGCCAUGUGGCCAGCAUCACGGGCUCCUCGCUGUCCUUCCACUCCACCGUCAUCAACCACUACCGAAUGCGGGGCUACGCGCCCUUCCAGAACAUCCAGUCGUGCUGCGUGCCCACGCGGCUACGCGCCAUGUCCAUGCUCUACUACAACGAGGAGCAGAAGAUCAUCAAGAAGGACAUCCAGAACAUGAUCGUGGACGAGUGCGGCUGCUCGUAA